AUGGAUGAUAACAAGUGCUCCCCUUACAAGAGAAACCGCAGUCCCUUCUCCGAGAAGGGCGGUAAUAAAAGAAGAAAAUAUGGUGAUCAGUCAUGUGAAGACUCUAAUGCUUCAGAGACAGUCUACCAAAUACUAUGCGACUCUAGGAAAAUCGGUGGUGUGAUUGGUAAAGGUGGUCGGAUAGUUGAGGCCUUGCGUGAAGAGACCCAAGCUAAGAUCACAGUUACUGACCCGGUUUGUGGUUCAGAUGAGCGAAUAGUCUUGAUAUAUAGUUUGUCAACAAAGAAGCCAGUCAACCACACUACCGAUGGCAAUUUAGAGCUCCAUUGUGCUGCCCAGGAUGCUUUAUUAAAAGUUCACGAUCACAUUGUUGAAGAAGACGUGAUUGCGGAAAGUGGGGUCACUGCCCGACUGCUUGUUCCAAACAAUAUAGUUGGGUGUCUUUUGGGCAAAAAAGGUGAUGUCAUUCAGAGAUUGCGAAGUGAAACUGGUGCGAACAUACGAAUUUUGCCUUCAUAUAAGCUUCCUGUGUGUGCUAUGAAUACUGAUACGUUGGUUCAAAUAUCAGGUAAACCAGCUAUUGCGAAGAGGGCAUUGUAUGAAGUUUCUACCUUGCUACAUCAAAAUCCACGCAAGGACAAACCUCUGUCUGGAUUCCCCUAUCCCCAUAGUCAUCGUAUGACAAAUCUACUGCCACCUGCAAAUCCAUUGUGGUCUGACCGUGGUUCACAUGUUCUUGAGCACUCGAGAUUUGGAUCUGUUGAUUUUUGUGGUGAUCGUCCUGUUUCAUAUGGCCGGGAAGCUCUAGUUGAGUUUUCAAUGAAAAUUCUUUGCCCUAAUUCAAAAAUCGGAGAGAUAAUUGGUAAAGGGGGAUCCAACAUUAGGCAAUUGCGGAAAGAGACCGGCACCGAUAUACAUGUUGAUGAUAUAAGAGAAGACUCAGAUGAACGUAUGAUUUGUGUCUCAUCAUUUGAGGAUUUGUGGAAUCCAAGAUCACGAACCAUUAAUGCAAUCCUUAUUUUACAAGACAAAACGAUGGACCCUUCUAAGAGAGGAAUCAUUACUACUAGAUUACUUAUUCCUUCCAUCAAGGUUGGUUGCAUUCUUGGACAAGGAGGUCAAAUAAUCGAUGAAAUGAGUUGGAGAACCAAAGCGGAUAUCCAUAUAUACUCCAAGGAAAAGAAGCCCAAGUGCACCGGUCGAGAUGAAACGCUCGUGCAGGUGUCUGGAACUUAUGUUGCUGUUAAACAUGCAUUAGCUGAGAUUGCAUCAAGAUAUAGAGAAAGAUAUCUUCGAGAUGCAAAAUCUGGAUUAGAACCUUCUCCACCAUCCAUGUCACAAAGAAACUUACCUGUUGUCCAAGCGAGUUGCUUUGGUGGCUAUGAACCUUCGAAGGGUAGUGGAAGGGAGUAUGAACCAACUAGUUAUCCAGCUCCACCAAGGGACUAUGGGCCUUAUAAACGCUCAGCUUCACCAGGGGAUUACAAACCUUUUAGCCACUCAGCUUCUCAAAGGUAUUAUGAACCUGAUAGCUAUCCGUCUCGGUCAAGGGAGUCUAAACCAUAUACCUAUCAAGAUCCUCCAAGGGACAAUGAACCUUAUGGCCAUGCGGGUGCUCCAAUGGUCUACAAACGCUAUAACGAUCAAGUUCCUUCAAGGGACUAUGAACGAUAUAUUCAUCCAGCUUCUCCGAAGGACUAUGAACUGUGUAGUCUUCCAGGUCCUUCAAGGGAUUAUGCUUCUUACGCUCCUCCAAGGGACGAUGAACCUACUAGCCGUCCUGGCCACCCUAUGUAUUAUAAAUCUCGUAGCCAUUAUUCUUCUUUAAGGGACCUACGACGCUCCCCUAAUGCCACUGGAUAUCCCGGCCAUGUGGAUGAGAAGAUGCCAAGCAGUAGCCCGGUUUCUGCAAUUGGAACUGGAGUUGGCAAUGCUGAUGAGGUAAGUUCCCAACCUUCCAAAUUAUUUCAACUUUCUUGUCGUGUUAAUUCUUUCAGAUCUGUCAACACUCAAAGUUUAUUCAUCUAUAUUAUAUGUUAA